UCGGGCCGUUUACCAUUGGAAAAUAUGGUCAGUUCCGGUCUACUUAAGGGGGUGGCUCUCCCAUAGACAGUACACAAAUGCGAUAGCGGCUGUGUCUGUUCUACUUAGUUAAUCGACUUCCAUUAGAACAGAAAAAAAAUAGGGAGUGGGAUGUCUCGCUCCAUCUUCCGUCUCUGGCGUUAGGUUGAGAGCCCAUGAUAAGGGAUCAAUCACUGGGAUAACGAUAUCAUGGGUGGUGUGAAGCAGGAGCAAAAUGAUGGACCUCCACCAAGAGGCACGCAGUCCUCUGAUGCAGUACAAGAAGAGGCAAGAGAAGGGGAAUUGGCCCCAUACUGACAUGAAUAACAGUACUGUCUCUACUCUGUGUAUACACAGACUACCCACUCCUGUGAAGAAGAGAGGUUGGCCCAAGGGUAAGAAGAGAAAGAAGGUGUUGCCCAAUGGUCCCAAGGCACCAGUGACAGGAUAUGUGCGUUUCCUGAAUGAACGGCGGGAGCAGAUCCGUGCCAAACACCCCGACCUGCCCUUUCCAGAAAUCACCAAGAGGCUGGGUGCAGAGUGGAGCCGCUUAGCACCUCAUGACAAACAGCGCUUCCUGGAUGAGGCAGAGCGAGAGAAGCUGCAGUAUGCCCGGGAGCUGAGAGAAUAUCAACAGAGUGAAGCCUAUCAGAUCACCAGUGCCAAGAUCCAGGACAAGAAGGUCAAGAGAGAAGAGUCUCCAUCUGUCAUUAUCAAUGCUAACAGUUCUGGAUCAGCUGCUCUGAAGGGUUCAGAUCAUCUGUCCAACAGAUUUGAUGUUCCAAUAUUUACAGAGGAAUUCCUGGACCAGAACAAGGCCCGGGAAGCGGAGCUGCGGCGUUUACGCAAAGCAAAUGUGGAGUUUGAGGAGCAGAACGCAGUGUUGCAGAAGCACAUUUCAGACAUGUACAGCGCUAAGGAGAGACUGGAAGCUGAACUGGGGCAGGAUGAGCUCCGGACGCAGGCUCUGCACAGGCACCUGCUGGCCAUCAAACACACCCUCGUCAGCAGCCUGUCCACUGUGGCCCUGCCAGGCACGGGUGAGACCCCCUCUCUUGGUACCCUGGACUCUUACCUGAGUCGCCUGAGUGGUACUCUGGAGAGCAAUCCUCAUGAGCACCGUGCCUUGCUGGCUCAGCUUCACGAUGUCCUUUCUCACCUUGACAGUGAGAAACUAUGAGACGACCUCCACACCCAUUCCCACUUGAUGUGGAUCCCAGAUGGUGCAACGACAGGUCCAAUCAGUGCCCAUCGCAGUGUAGUCAAGGGAUAGGUGGGAUGUCUAUCUGAUGUAACAGAUAAAACACAACGUUCAGUCCAUAUACCAUUACUCUGUGGUACAUCUGCAUGUGUGUACAGUCUGGUACAGUUUUGGUGGCGAAUAUAAGCCUUUGAGGCUUGGUGUGAACAGUCAUUAUGUCAACUGCCUUAACUGGUUCCAUUUGUAGUUAAUUUGGUUUGUUAAAUGGAAGAAACAUUUGACAUGCCUUUUAUGGCAUUUGGAGUGAAUUAAGAGUUUUUCAGGUGAAGCUACUUGGAAAUGAGGAGGUUGCGGAAGUGUACUGGUGUCCAAUGAGAGGCAAAAUGAACUGGAAAAGAUUAUAGCAUUGUUUUCAGAAUAUGUUUUCGUAUUGUAAUUGAUAUUAGUUUUGUGGUGGGUAGUUUUGGAUUAAGGGAUUUUUUUUUGUCAUGGUUUAUUUGCGUUAAUUCAAAUUGGAUGUUUGUCUUCUUUGUAAUUGUUUUAUCAAUUUGCAAUAAAAGUAAAUGUGUGUAA